AUGAAGAAAUAUAUUACAAUCGCUGGAGCUGUUCUCCUCGGUCAUGUCUCUGCUUAAGAGAACCUUGCUGCUGCUGAACUAUCAGUUGAAAGCCCAAACUCAUUAGUCUACUACGUAAAUGGUAGAUAUGUAGAUCCACUCAGUCUACCAGAACACCAACUUAAAGAAUAAGCUUAUCUUGAAGCAAUGCAAAAGAUAUAUGGAACCACUGUUUAAUCUCCAUAAAUUAAAGAUCAUAAUGAUGACCCACUUGCCGAUGUAUUAAGAGAAACUAAGCAAGCAGAUUACCUCUAAAUGUUACAAAACAUUUAAGAUGGCCCUGUUCCUGCUGGUCCUAACCCAUUAGGCCUUACUGCAUACCAGCUUAAGGAAUAAGCAAUUCUUAAGGCAUAUCAAAAUAUCUAUGGAAAUAAUGUACAAGAACCAAAGGUACAACAAGACCCACUAUCCGACCUAGAAAGAGAGAUGAAAUAAGCAACUUAUCUCUCAGGAAUGCAAAAUAUCUAUGGACAUUAUGCUAACGUGUAAUCGCCACAAUGGGGAUAUUAUGACCCACUAUAUCAACAAAAGCACCAACUAAAAGAGUAAUCCUACCUUGAAACCAUGCAAAAAAUCUAUGGAACAAAGGUACAAGAUCCAAAAAUAGAAUCUGCAUAUAACAUUUACGAACACUACAAUGUUCAAGCUCGUCAUCCAGUUGAUCCAUUGUAAUAAACUGAAUGGGAACUUAAGGAGUAAGCUAAACUUGAAGCUCUCUAGAAAAUCUAUGGAAACAAAGUUCAAUCAGGAAACCCAUUAUCUGAUUUAGAAAGAGAAAUGAAAUAAGCAACCUACUUGAAUGGAAUGCAGAAUAUUUAUGGGCAUUAUGCAAAUGUUCAAUCACAAAAAUCUUAAUACAAAUGGGGAAACAUUGGGUAAAUUAGGUGUAUCAGAGCGCCAUGCCCAAUAGUCGAAUCACCUAUUAUGGACAUAAUGCACAAGAAUCAUGUCAAUUAUGAUUACUAGGAUAAAAUUUACGGGCCUUAAGUUUAAAAGCAUAAGACUUAAGACUAUGACCCACUCGCUGAAGAUAUCGAUGAAAUAAGACAUAUAGGUUAUAUUGAUGCAAUUUAGAAAAAUCAUGGAUACUAGAAAAAUUCUAUUGAUAUCUAUAAAGUUUAAUCAGAGCUGAGAUCUACCAGAAGAUAGAGAAAUGACUGGGAAGAUGAUGAAUGA